AUGUAAGUAACUGUAGAAAAAAUUUGUUCCUUUUCAAAUCCCCUUUCUUCACCACAUGAAGUCAAUGGAUGCAUCUAUAUGGUAUCGGAGAAUGGAGACAUUUUAGUAAUGAACAAUGAACUCACCAUUGAUACUAGAAUGGGAGGACAACCAUCAUCAAUAGCAAUAGAAAGAGAUCACAUUUUGAUCUACAUAGCUGAUAUGGCACAUUAGGCUAUUACAUAUCGACAAUUAAAUUAGCUCUAAUAAUAAUCAAACAAUCAGAAUUAAGAAGGAGCAAAGGAUUUUGUUACUGAGUAUGAAGGAAUGCCCUUCUUGGGUCCUAAUUAAAUCGUCAUCUCUUAUAACAACUUAAACGCCGUCUUUUUUACAGAUUCAGGUCCUUUUGGGGAAACAAACGUUGAAAAUCCAAUCGGUUCUGUAUUUAUGGUUGAUCUGGAUGGCUAGGAAAUUAAGCCAACUGCUCUAGCAUAUAGAUGUCUAGCUCAUCCAAGUGGAUUGGCUUUAAGUCAUGAUGAGAAGAGUCUAUUUGUAAGCGAAACUUGUGAGAAUCGUAUUAUUAGGUUUGUACUCACAAAUGCUGGAAUUUAUGCUUUUAGUGUUUAUCAUCAAUUCUCAGGUAGAUUUGGACCUACUGCACUUGUGAUCUCCCAAUCGGAUUUUCUGUAUGUUGCUCGUUUCGAAUUCUCAGUAGGUAACGAAAAUGAAAUGGGUUUGAUAUCCGUGUUAAAUCCUUAAGGUUAACUUUUGGAGAAUAUUUUAAUUCCAGGAAGUCCAGAAAUUACUGGAAUGUGUUUUUCUCUCAUUAAACCAACAAAUUUAUAUUUGACAGACAAUUCUAAUGGAUCCAACCGUUUAAUAAAAUGCGUCAUUCCUUUAGAAGAUAAGGAUGAAGAAAAGAAGAAAAAAGACAAGGACUCUUAUAAGGUUAAGUGA